GCGCGGACCGCCGAGCGGCCGUUGCGACGUUUUUCUCUCGUCCCAGCCGUGUGGACAGUGCCACACACCCUCCGCACGACGACGGCUCUUGCUUGCGUGCUCCAGUGUUUCUUUUGUCAGAGAGCCCAGCAGAGCUGCAGCGCUUCCAGUGCCGGCCCUGAGCUGAGCGAGGAGUGCCCUGCAGAGAUGGUGAAGAUGACAAAAUCCAAAACAUUCCAAGCUUAUCUGCCAAACUGCCACCGAACGUACAGCUGUGUGCACUGCAGAGCCCACCUGGCCAAUCACGAUGAGCUGAUCUCCAAGUCCUUUCAGGGAAGUCAGGGACGAGCCUACCUCUUCAAUUCUGUGGUGAACGUGGGCUGUGGCCCUGCAGAGGAAAGAGUCCUCCUCACUGGCUUACACGCUGUCGCAGACAUCUACUGCGAGAACUGCAAGACCACGCUCGGGUGGAAAUAUGAGCAUGCCUUUGAGAGCAGUCAGAAAUAUAAGGAAGGAAAAUUUAUUAUUGAGCUUGCCCACAUGAUCAAAGACAAUGGUUGGGAGUAAAGUGAAAACUGUCCGUUCUCGCUUGAAUACUGUUUUGUGAGAGAGACCGUAAAUGUCAUGGAAACCUGGGAGCAUCCUGGAUGACAGUAUUUCUU